AUGAACAGUGAUGCCGUUUGUAGCAAUUGUCAUCGUUUAGAAAACGACAACAUAACUGGCGGCUGGCUUGGUCAGUCGAGUGCAUCUUCUAUGCUUAACAUGGACGAAGGAGAAUCUAAUAACAGCGGAUUAAGUGAAGAACAACUUCCUGUUGGAUUAGUGCUUAAAAAAGCUCUGAUUAUAUUUCGUCAUGGGGCUAGGACCCCACUAUUUACAAUCCCCAAUAUCCCACAGGCUAAUUAUGAAGCAGAGAGCUUGAUGGUAGACAUGGCUGAGACUAGUUUUGGUUAUGACAUAAUCAAUGCUCAAUCAAAUGGUCCAAGACCAUUCUCUCAAGCAGAAACGUGUUAUUCUUCUGUAGUUCUUAAAGGAGGUUGUUUAAGUGGUCAGUUGACCCUUCUGGGUCAGCAGCAGACCUACAACUUGGGCCAGGUUUUAAAGAAAGACUAUGUUGUCCACCAUAAGUUGAUCGAUCAAGAAUAUAACAAGGACCAAAUUUUCCUCAAGUCUACAAAUAUCAAUCGCACAGUGAAAUCACUUUGCUGUGUUAUUGCUGGCUUAUUUGGAGUAGAGUCCCUACAAAAGAAAGCUCCUGUGCAAAUUCCAGUAUCAGAUGAAAGUAAUGAAGUUUUGAUACCAAAUCCUACCUAUUGUCCUAAUCUGCAGAUCUAUCACUUACAGGCCCAGAAAAAUGCAGACCUUGCAUCAGGAACAUUACAUGACCGUCUCAUUAUAGAGAAAUGCAUUGGAAUUGACUCAAUAAAUACUAAGCAUCGAUUGAGAUGGAUUGAAACAAGGGAUGAUCUAGUUGCUCGAAUGGCUCAUAAUCUGGAAAUACCUAAAGAGCUAGUGCCAUACAUGGAAAUGAUUGAUAAGAAUGCUACUAUGCAACUUUACCAUGCUGUCUGUGGACAAACUGACAAAGAUAACCCAGUUGCAUGUAUGUUGUCUUGUGGCAAAGCUAUAAACAUGUUCCUUGAACAUUUAAAAAUGGACAGUGAUGAAGGCAGCUAUCGAUUAUAUUUGUAUUCCUGCCAUGAUUCUACAUUAACUGCACUACUUGGAGCCUUUGGCAUCUUUGAUUUUAAAUGGCCUCCAUUUGCUGCUGAUUUGCGGAUAGAGCUUUAUGAGGAUAGAGAAAGCAAAAAAUUUGUCAAAGUCUCUUACUUAAGCAAGAAUGUGAUUGCCCGUGGCUGUACAGAGAUUUACACUCCAUAUGCAAAAUUUAUGAAGGGAAUUUCUUCUCUUGCUGUUGAUACAGAUUCUCAUGCAGCUGCCUGUUGCUGUAAAGAAAUUGAAAAACUUGCUCAUGGGAAUAAUGCCAUUAAUGAAGAUACAGAUGAUCCUGAGGAACACACUAAAGCAGAUGGAUAA